CCCCGGCCAUGGCGGAGGAAGAGCUGGAGGCGCUGAGCAAGCCAAGCUGCAGACCAUGCACGGGGGAUCCCAGAGAUGCAGCCCAGCGGGAAGUGAAGCACAGGAAAACAGGAAUGAGAAACAACAUGUUAGCCCAAGUUUUGGAUCAGUUAGCCCGGGCCCAGUUAAGUAAUUUAGCACUUGUAAAACCCAAUAAAUCUAAAGCUGUAGAGAUUUACCUCAUACAGAUGGCAAGAUAUGAACAGCUAAGUGGGAAGAUUUCAGAACAAGGUUUAAUAGAAACUCUUGAAAAAGUUAGUCAACAAACAGAAAAGAAAACAACAUUAAAUUCAACAGAAGAAAAGUAAUGGACUCUGAUGAAGAUGACGAUGACUAUUGAACUUAAAAUGUUUAGAGACUGAACCUUAAUGGAGCAAUUUUAGGACAGA